AAAAACAAAAUUCAAAGUUCAAAAGUGCAAAGUCCAAGUCUAAACCAAAGCGGAAAGAGAAAGAGUGAAGAGUGUAAAGUUGGAAGGAAAUUCAAGGAAAGUGGAACGUGGCACGUGGAACAAUGGCAGGACAAUAAAGUCGACCAUAACCAUAAAUCAACGAUUAUAAUUAUACUCUCCUCUAUGUUGAUUACUGGAAUACAUAAAAUCAAGUACAAGUGUAAUCAAAAAAUGGAACAUGGAAGCCAAACAAGAAAUUGGUGAGGACACGCGUAAAAUAGAAAUAGAGUAUAACCACUUCCAUGAUACACCUUUGGAUAGCUUUAAUUGUGAAGUUCAGGACAUUCAGGAGUCGGACAACAUCAAGUUUAGGGCAACCAAACAUAACCAAUUUGUAGUUGACAUUUGAGUAUUUGAGGUAAUCUAAAAACACUGACAGUGUUGCCAUGUUGUAAAAUAUUUCUUACUGUAACAUCUAAAAUUCAAAAUUGAAUAGAACACAAUAUAUAAUUUAAAAAUCGAAAACAAAUGUUAGAUAUAAAUCAGAAAAUAUAUUAUAGUCUGUUCGCUAAACUCAGACGCAACUUUCUAGAUAUUUUAGUCGGUAAUUUUGCCAAUUUUAGUAAAAUUGCCAAAAAAUAAUUACUAAAUAGUUAGUAAUUUCGCCAAUUUUUGCAAAAUUGGCAAAAAACAAAAAAAAUAUUGACUAAAAUAUGUAGCCAGUUACGUCUGAGUUUAGCGAACAGACUAUAAAAGCAUUAAAAUUAUAUAAAAAUAAAUAGUGGCAAUAGUUAAUAGAAACAUUAAACAAUGUGAAGAUUUCUAAACUGUAACUAAUAAAAUAUCUAAAAUACUAAAUAGUAAUAAAAAGAAACUAACUUAAACUGUAGACUGUAAACUCUAACUAAUAAAAUAUCUAAAAUACUAAAUAGUAAUAAAAAGAAACAUGAAAGAAACUAACUUAAAUGAAUAAACUAACCUAUGAAAUAAACAUCUAAAUUAUAAAAAAAAAACAUUUUAAACAAGGUCUAAAUUCAUAUGUCUAAAUUAUAAACAGAUAUGGCAACACUGUUCACAAAAUUCAUGCUGUUGCAGUUGCAUGCAUGGCUGUUGCCUGUUGCCCUAAACUUUAUGUUGUCCCAGAAGUCUAAUAGGGAAAGUAAUCAUGGCACAUACUACAUACUAUUCUUUAGACUUUGAAGAAAACUAAAUUGAAACAAAUACAUGUGAAAAAAAAACGAAAAACUGUAAAAGGUUACCUCCAAGACGAAAACAAAAUGGAAACUAUGGAGAAACUCAUUGACGAUGAAGAUUCAUCUUACGAAGGAAAUCAUAUGAGUCGACGCACUGAAAGAAAAACUUUGAGUAAAAAUGUGAAAAAUGCGACUGAAAAAAGAUCGUAUAAAUGUAAAAUUUGUUUAAAACAGUUUUGUAAAGCAAGUGCUUUGAAAAUACAUUUGAGAGCGCACUCUGGGGGAAAACCUCACAAGUGUGAAAUUUGUUUUAAGCAUUUUAGUUUUGCAGGUAGUAUGAAAAGACAUUUGAAAGUGCACACUGAGGAAAAACCUUACAAGUGUGAAAUUUGUUUUAAGCAAUUUAGUUUUAAAAGUUCUUUGAAAUCACAUUCGCAAGUACACACUGGGGACAAACCUUACACGUGCGGGAUUUGUUUUAAGCACUUUCCUAAUAAGGAGGUUUUGAAAAAUCAUUUAAGAACGCACACUGGGCAAAAACCUCAUAAGUGUGAAAUUUGUUUUAAGCAGUUUAGCGACGCUUCUGGUUUUAGAAGACAUUUGAAAGUGCACACUGGGGAAAAACCUCACAAGUGUCAGAUUUGUUUUAUGCAGUUUUCUAGGAGGGAUAUUUUGACACAACAUUUAAAAACGCACACUGGUGAAAAACCUCACAAGUGUGAGAUUUGUUUUAGGAAAUUCACUGAAAAACGUGCGUUGCAACAACAUUUGAGAGUGCACACUGGGGAAAAACCUUACAAGUGCGAAAUUUGUUUAAAUCAGUUUACUACUACAAGUGCUUUGAAAUCACAUUCGCAAGUGCACACCGAGGAAAAACCUUAUAAGUGUGAAAUUUGUUUUAGGCAAUUUAGUCUAGCAGGUAGUAUGAGAAGACAUUUGAGAGUACACACUGGGGAAAAACCUUAUAAGUGUGAAAUUUGUCUUAUGCAAUUUAGUCAUAAAAAUUCCUUGAACAAACAUUCAUUACUACAUACUGGGGAAAAACCUCACAGGUGCCAGAUUUGUUUUAAGCAGUUUUCUAGGACGGAUCAUUUGAAAUCUCAUUUAAAAACGCAUACAGGGGAAAAACCUUACAAGUGUGAGAUUUGUUUAAAGCAGUUUUCCGAGAAAGGUAGUUUGAAAUCACAUUUGAGAGUGCACACAGGGGAAAAACCUUACAAGUGUGACAUUUGUUUUAAGCAAUUUGGUCAUAAUACUGCCUUCAAAACACAUUUGCUAGUGCACACUGGGGAAAAACCUCACAAGUGUGAAAUUUGUUUUAAGCAAUUUUCUAUAAAAAGUCUUUUGAAACAACAUUUGAGAGUGCACACUGGGGAAAAACCUUACAAGUGUGAACUUUGUUUUAAACAAUUUAGUUUUCGAGAUUCCAUCACAAAACAUUUGCAAGUGCACCACUCUGGGAAAAAAACCUAAAAAAGUGAAAUCUAUUUUAAGCUCUUUUUUGUGAAAAUUAACUUAGAAAUUACUUGAUUGCACACAUGAAAAGUUUAUCUUAAAUAAUUUGAUGCAGCAUAUGAUACGAGAUAACAUACAAGCGGGCUACACCUAAAGAACAAGAAAUAUGCAUGGGGCCGUUCAAUACGUAACGCAGGUUGGGGGGGGGGCAAAAAUCUUAAAAAAUUGCGUUACGUAAUAGUUAAACGCCCAUUAUAGUGCGUUACGUAGGGGCGGAGGGGGGGGGGGUCAAAAAUUUUCAAAAAUCGCGUUACGUAAUACUUGAACGCUCCCUAUGUUGGUGUACCAGUAUUGGCUGUGAGUUUCAACGGUGGCGCUAUCUCGCGGUUUGAAACUUGUACUUUUCUGAUAAAAUUAGUGUAUAGUAUUUUUACUACAAAAACGUUAUUACGUAGGUCAAAAUUUUUGACGUAAGAGAACUGUCAAAACAUUAGAAUGUGACUUUUCAUUAUUACCAUAUAUAUAAUGAAAACUCACAUUCUAAUGUUUUGACAGUUCUCUUACGUCAAAAAUUUUGACCUACGUAAUAACGUUUUUGUAGUAAAAAUACUAUACCUAUGUGAAAUAUACAAAACGAGAAAAAUAGAUAUUUAUCUAGAAAAACACAAAUUAUGAACAGAAAUAUUAUUGUAACCUGAUUAUUGAACGAAUACACAGAAUUAAGGGGAUGGAUACGUAUUUUCGGCUGCAAUGCUAUUCAAAUGAGGAUUCAUUUUUUUCUAAUUCUGAGAAAACUAAUCAGUAUUUUUAAAAAAUUUAAACGCAGAAUGAAAGAUUACGUUAUUGCCGAGGGCCGAAAGUCCCUGAAAACUUCUGUAAUGUUUAUUUUAAUAAUUUACAGGGGUGAAAAACUAAGAGAAAAUGUAGUGUGAUUUUUAAUUUCAAAUAUCUCAUUCAAAAGAAACUUUUUAUUUAUUCUAAGGGACUCGGCUCUCGAUAAUAAUUUAGUCUUUCAUUCUGCAUUCAAAUUUUUUAAAAACAUUUAUUAGUUUCCACAGGAUUCGAAAAAAAUGGACACCAUGUCCAUGGUGAUAUUUUGCAAAUCGAACAUUCGCUAUCUUUGUCAUACAACGCACUGAGUCAAAUAGAAUAUGAUGACAAGACAGUGACAGUUUUCAAUAUUUUAAAUAUUUGACAUGGCAUCGGGAGUAUUUUGAGUUGUUGGUUGAAUAAUAUUGAUAAUGUAUUUGAUAAAUAAUUGAUUUAAGACGUAACCUUAGUAAAAAGUUAUUUAUUGUUUGUUAUUUAUGAAAGAUCCAAGCAGAGAAUACAUUAGGAUUAUAUUCUGUGAUUCAAGUAUUUUGCUGUUAAAGAUGUUCAAAAUCAUUGUAAGCGUUCCAUAGUAACAAUAUAUUAUUAAAAAAUCACUUCAACACUUUUCCUCUUUGCUCGAUUGAGUAUUAGUUUUUGUUUGUACAUACACUCUGGGCCAAAAUUAACGGGCCACCUUAAAAAUAGGUCAUUUUUGAUGUCAACCUGUUAUUUAAGAUGAUUUCUCUUAAACCUGUUGUCCGAUUUAAGUGAUUUUUUAAAAUAUAGCCUUAUUCCUUGACAAUAUCGUUAUCAUAAUAUUGUUGCUAAAGAGGUAGAUUUUCAUUGUAUACCGGGUGUACAAAUCAAACUGUGUUCUUUUCUUAAAGUUUGCAUCACCCUGUGGAAUAUUCUAGCAUUUGUAGAAUACUGAAAUUAAAACCUAACUAUAUCCUCAUGCUUUCUCAACAUUCUGUUUUUUGAUUGAUUCGCUUAUGUUGGAUAAUAAAAAAGUUAGGUGCUUUAACAACUAGACAUGUUUUUUAUCGAUACAGGGUGUUUUUAAAAAAUUUUGGAAAAUUUUAAGGGGUAAUUCUGCAUGAAAAAACAAUGACAGUUUGCUUUAUAAACUUACGUCCGCAAAUGCUUCGUUUCCGAGAUAGGGGGUGUUGAAAUUUUUUCGACAAACUGACGAUUUAUUACUUUAAAACCGGUUGAGGUAUACUAAUGCAAUUUAGUGGGUUUUAUGACGUAGUUAUUGCAUAUUUUUUGACAUACAAUUAAGAAUUUAAUUUUCACCAUUGGCGCCCAUACGGGUAAUAUGAUGGCUCAUAUUACCCGUAUGGGCGCCAAUGGUGAAUAUUAAAUGCUUAAUUGUAUGCCAAAAAAUAUGCAAUCACUACAUCUUAAAACCCACCAAAUUUCAUGUGCAUGUCUCAACCGGUUUUAAAGUAAUAAAUAAACUCACCUACAAAAUUAACCGCCCACCUUGUAUUUCUUUCAAUUUGCAGAAAUUGUUAACCUUGGACCACAUUUUAUGAAGGAUACGGUGAAAACAACCUCCGCGGAAGAGAAAUAAUAAUUUUUUUGAAAAAAGUCGUUUGUUACAGCAAAAAUCAAAUGAAAAAAAUCUUCGAAGAAAAUUCAAAUUAACAAAAUUUUGGAAAUAAAAGUCUAAUUGAAAAAAAAUUGGGUAUCAAUAAUGAGUGUUGCCGCCUCUAGCCCUUAGGACUUCUUGGAGCCGGUUUGGCAAUCCAUUCAUGAUAUCCUGGAUAUCAGAUUGGGGGAUAUUUUGCCACUCCUCUACCGCAGCUGUCUUCAGCUCUUCAAGGGAUGCAGGGGCUGGUUCUCUCGCUCUUACACGUCUUUUAAGUUUGCCCCAGAUAUGCUCAAUUGGGUUAAGAUCGGGACUGUGUGCUGGCCAUGGUAGAACUUGAAUCCCGACUUCAGUAAGGUACUCACGGGUAGAUCUUGCUGUAUGACAACGUGCAUUGUCAUGCAUUAGUAUGAAGUUGUCACCAAUGAAUGGUGCAAAAGGCAUGACAUGGUCUUGGAGAACUUCUUGCACGUAUACUUGGGCAUUCACACUGCCUCUACCGAACACAAGAUCAGUAUGCGCUUCGUAAGAAAUACCUCCCCAAAUCAUUAUUGACCCUCCUCGGUAAGCCACUGUUUCGGUUAUAGCGCAUGGAGCAAACCUUUCAUUUUGACGCCUAUAGACACGUUGGCGUCCAUCUGGACCUUUUAGGGCUAUUCUGCUCUCAUCUGAUAACAGUACAUUCUUCCAUUCCGCCAUAGUCCCGUUAGCAUAUUCUCGCGUAAAAUGAAGUCUAGCCCUACGGUGUUGUGGGAGCAGUUGUGGUGCGCGAGCUGGACGGAAAGCCCUCAAGUUUAUUUCUGACAGUCUUCUUCUAAUCGUUUGUCUACUCACACUAACGUUUCUCACCUCAAAAAGAGACCUACGAGCUUCAGGAGCGGUGCAAAAGCGAUUUCUCAAUACUGUGGUGGCAAUGAAGCGGUCAUCUCGAACUGAAGUGCAUCGUUGUCGGCCUUGACCUGGCCUGCGGUUGUACGAUCCUGUCUCCCGAAAUCAUCUGAUGGCAUUUUGUACCGUAGUUCUGGAUAAAUCGAGCGUACGGGCGAUAUGACGUUGACUGUAACCAGCAUCAACUAAAGCCACUGCCCUAGCAGCAUCUGUUGGAGCGAGUGGCAUUUUUAAAAUAACAAACAAUAAAUAAGCACUAAAAUUUUAACUUAAACAAUAUUCGCUCACAAUGAUAUGAAAUUACAGGGAUUGUUCAAGAAUUGUUGUUAACACGGAAACAGAUUUGCAACAAUGUCGUACAACGACUAUAUGUCAAAAAUCUUUCAAUGACACAAAUUUAAGAAACAAACUGUCACAGAUAAUAUAAACAAAACAAUAAUAAAGGUGGCGGGGUUAAUUUUGCUGGUGAGUUAAAUCGUCUGUAUUAAUGAAAAACAUGUCUAGUUGUUAAACUACCUAACUUUUUAUUAUCCAACAUUAGCGAAUUAAUCAAAAAACAAAAUGUUGAGAAGACAUGGGGCUAUAGUUAGGUUUUAAUUCUAAUAUUUUAUACAUGCUAGAAUAUUCCGCAGGGUGAUGCAAACUUUAAUAAAAAAACACUGUUUGAGUGGUACACCCGGUAUACAAUGAAAAUUUACCUGUUUAGCAAAAAUAUGAUUAUAACGAUAUUGUCAAGGAAUUAGGCUAUAACAUAUUAAAAAAAUCACUUAAAUCGGACAACAGGUUUAGGAGAUAUAAGACAUAAAAUAUGACCCAUUUUUAAGGUGGCCCGUUAAUUUUGGCCCAGAGUGUAUAAACUAUUACAAUCACUGGAUACAUAGUUAGCGAAAAAAUUAUCAGUAGUAAUUGCACAAGAGCUCUAAAAUUAUCGAAUUUUUCCCGGGUGACACUUUGACAGUUUUAAUUUCACGACCCGAAGGGGAGUGAAAUUAUGUCAAAGUGUCACGAGGGCAAAAAUUCGAUAAUAAUUUUAGAGAUCGAGUGCAAUUUGCUGCGAUUAUCUCAGGAAUAAAACUGUUCAAAACCAAAAUUUUAUUCUAAUUUAUUUAUGUAAGUACAAAUUAGUACAAUUAAACACACAAUUGUUAUAAAUAUUUGACGGUUGGAAGUCAUCACUCCAUCAUCCGGUAAUACUAUAUUAUUUACCUAUGGUCAUCACUUUUAUAACUUUUAAAACAUUAAUUGUCAUUAAUGUCACUGAAUGUAUUUUUUCGUAGCAACGAAGGGCAUCUGACAUAAUAUACUUGACGACGGGAUAUUAUCAGUAGUAAUUGCACAAGAGCUCUAUAAUUCUAUAUUAAUUUUAGAGAUCAAGUGCAAUUUGUUGCGAUUAUUUCAUGAAUAAAACUGUUCAAAACCAAAAUUUUAUUGUAAUUUAUUUAUGUAAGUAGAAACAAAUUCUACAAAUUAGUAGAAUUAAACACACAGUUGUUAUAAAUAUUUGACGGUAGAAAGUCAUCACUUUUAUAAUUUUUAAAGCAUUAAUUGUCAUUAAUGUCACUGAAUGUAUUUUUUCAUAGCAAAGAAGGGCAUCUGACGUAAUAUACUUGAACACGGGAAAUUAUCAAAAAUUAUCUGGUAUAAUAUCACAAGAGAGAGAAUAAAUUGAAAAUAAUGCGACAGUUUUUCGAAAAUUUGUUGUCUGGCAAUAGACAAGAGAGCCCGCAGGGCUCGAGUGGCUAUUGCCCAAUGUCAACAAAUUUGAGUAAAAAUGAAGCAUUAUUUUCUUAUUUAUUCUUACUGUCGUGUGAUAUUCGUAAGAUUAUUUUUUAAUACACACAUACAAAAGUUAAGUCUUUAGUAACAUUGAUUUUAUUGUAUUAAGUAUAUAGUCCAGGGCGGAUCUGUUUUGAGAUGGACGUUGAGAGGUGACUCAAAUUUUUUUGCAGAAAUUGCUUGAAAAUAAAUCAAAUAAUAUUUGAGUUAUCCUCCCUCUCAAAAAGGUCCGGAACAUUGUUUAAAUAAUCAAAAUGUCAAGAAUUGGAGGAAAAAUUCGACUUUUUCCUUCGUUUUUUGAUUAUAACUUUAAAAGUAUUUCCGAGAAAAGUUGUACUGACAUAAAAGUUGCGUAAUUCAAUUUACUACAACAUAGAAUUGGUUAAAACUUUAAAAAAUAGUCACCCUAGUUGCAAAAUAGCAAUUAUUGCGAAAAAACCAUACAAAAACAAGUAUUCGCAUUUUACGUUUUUCAACCAUUUAUGCUAUACUUAGGAUCUUCAUAUUUCACCCAGAAAAACUUUAUG